ACUGCGGACAUAGUACAGGAGAUGACCAGAGACUGCGGACAUAGUACAGGAGAUGACCAGAGACUGCGGACAUACUACAGGAGAUGACCAGAGACUGCGGACAUAGUACCAGAGACUGCGGACUGCGGACAUACUACAGGAGAUGACCAGAGACUGCGGACAUACAGGAGAUACAGGAGAUGACCAGAGACUGCGGACAUACUACAGGAGAUGACCAGAGACUGCAGACCUUUGGGGAGACAACGCUGGACCGAGGAACAGGUAGGAUGGAGGAGCGGGUUCUGCACAGUAAAGCCGAGCGGCCGCCCGGUGUUCUAACACAG